AAAACAACACGGAUCAGCUGUACUUUGAGGCAGCUGUUUGGGAGUGGCGUUUCGAAGGCAAGAGGACUUAUCAUAAACAUUGUUCAAGGCAAUUUUCACAUCGAGAUCAAUCCUAGCGAGGCUGUAAAUUAUAACAUAGUCGUCAUCCAGGCUUUGUUGAAGGAAAUUAUGCAGAUAGACUUGUACGCGAAUCAUGGAUUCAAAGUUGUGAUCAACGAGACGGACUCUCUUUCCUGUGAUGCCCCAGCAGCCUUGCGUCGAACGAUGGAGAAAUGCAUGCCAAACAUACAAAUCAUGCCCUGUGUCAACAGCACCAGCAGACUAAUAGCAUCCGUAAAGAGUCGUUGUCUACUUAUGCAAGUCGCUGCACCGGACCCAGAAGAGAUGCAAAUUAUCUUGGAAAACUCAGCGAAGAAACUGAAGUUCGACUUACUUGAAAAGGCGCCACAACAGACCGCCGAAGACUUUGAUGGCAACAUGCGAAAAUUGUUGCUCGUCUUCGAAGCCUUGAAAAUGUAA